CAGGACAUCAAGCACUUCAAGUGCUUUAAAAAAAUUACUAAAUUUUUAACAUACGAUUUAACAGCGCUGCAUGAAGUCGCUUAAAUCGUGUGAAAUUAAUUCAACACUCCUCCUCUCCCUCACCUCACUUCACCACAAGGAAAGGAUGGCGGCGAUUGUGGAAAACGGCAGCGUUGUGAACAAAAUAAGUCCUAAAAAGAACGUGGAAGAAUGCAACGGAAAACCAGGAAAUUUAUUGAAUGGCAACGUAAAUCUUCAAAAUAAUGGUUACACAAAAUCGGAAACAAUCAGUAAUGGUAUUACCAAGCCGGCGGGCGGGCGGGCUCCGCAGCGCGGCCCGGCGUCCAUGGAGCCCAUGGACUGGGCGCAGUUCGACACGGACCGCGGCUCCUUCGAGCACUGCUCGCUGCUGACGGCCGCGCUCACGCAGCUGGGGCUCUACAUCCUCAUGUUCCUCGGCUUCGUCAACCAGCUGCUGUUCACGCCCAAGGUCGCUACGGAGAAGAACAGAGAGGGCUACGCGCCGCUGUACAACCCGUUCGAGCAGUUCUACUCGCGCUACGUGUACCGGCGCGUGGCGCACUGCUUCAACCGGCCCAUCUGCUCCGCGCCCUCCGUCGAGAUCUCGCUCAUGGAGCGCGACUCCGCCGACUACAACUGGUCUUUCAGGUUGACCGGCCGAAAGCUGCGCUGCCUGAACCUCGGGUCGUACAACUACCUGGGGCUGAGCGCGGAGCCCGAGUCGCUGCCGGUGGUGGCGGCGGCCGUGCGGCGCUACGGGCUGGCGCUGGGCUCGCCGCGCGCCGAGCUCGGCUCCACCGCGCUGCACCAGGAGCUCGAGGCCACCACCGCCGCCUUCCUCGGCGUCGAGGCGGCGAUCGUGUUCGGCAUGGGGUUCGCGACCAACACGCUGUCGCUGCCGGGGCUGCUGGGCGCCGACACGCUGGCGCUGAGCGACGAGAAGAACCACGCCUCGCUCAUCCUCGGCCUGCGGCUGGCGCGCGCCGCCGUGCGCGUGUUCCGCCACAACGACGUGCGCCACCUCGAGCGCGUCGCGCGCAAGGCGCGAGCCGAGGGACGCUGGCGCCGCAUCAUCAUCGUGGUGGAGGGCGUGUACAGCAUGGAGGGCUCGGUGGCGCCGCUGGCGGCCAUCGUGGCGCUGAAGAAGCGGCUGGGGCUGCAGCUGUACCUGGACGAGGCUCACUCCAUCGGCGCCAUGGGCGCGCGCGGCCGCGGCGUGUGCGAGCUGGCCGGCGUGGACCCGCGCGACGUCGACGUGCUCAUGGGCACCUUCACCAAGAGCUUCGGCGCCGCCGGCGGCUACGUCGCAGGCUCGGAGAGGCUGGUGCGCGGGCUGCGCGCGCUGGGGCACGCGCACAGCUACGCGCACGCGCUGGCGCCGGGCGUGGCGGCGCAGGUGCUGUGGGCGCUGCGCGCGCUGGGCGGCGGGCUGGGCGCGGCGCGCGUGGCGGCGCUGCGCGACAACACGCGCCACUUCCGGCGGCGCCUGCGCGAGCUGGGCGUGGUGGCGUACGGCCACCGGGAGUCGCCCGUGGUGCCCAUGCUGGUGUACUCGUUCAGCAAGAUGGCGGCCACGGUGGAGCGGCUGACGGCGCGCGGCAUCGCCACCGUGGGCGUCGGCUUCCCCGCCACGCCGCUGUCCGAGGCGCGCAUCAGGUUCUGCCUGUCGGCGGGGCACACGCGCGAGCAGCUGGACCGCUGCCUGGCGGCCGUGGACGAGGUGGCGAGCGAGCUGGGCCUGCGGUACGCGCGCGCGCCCGCCUCUUAGCGCCUCCCACCCGGGCGCCGUCCGCACGUACCUCGCUACUAUACUUGUUAUGUUCAAUAAAUUAUUUUCACACGCUA